AUGUCCCCGCCAACGGGCUCGUCGAGCUCCACAACACAGUGGCACAGCGUCAGCCCCUUGACACGCCCACUCUCCAUCUCCAUCCUUGAACUCGCCCCCACGUCCGUCACCCUCGCCCUCACACGAUCCCCGCCUUCGGCUCCAGGACCGUCGUCCGCGACAAGCCUGCACCACCUCACACAGCAUCUCGCGCACUCGCAUCACGCUCACGCCCACCCUCAUUUGCACGGCAGCCAUGGACACGCAGCAGGCGGUGCCUCGUCUGGGGGUGCGUCCAGCUCAAGUAAUGGCGUGACACACUCGAACAGCAAGAAGAAGAAAAAGAAGCGCCAUUCCAACGCGCACACCCACCACGCGGGCGACAGCGACGACGCAGCAGACGAUGGUGAUGAUGAUGGCAAUGCCAUCCCCGGAGCGUAUCCCUACUCGUCAAUGCUCUCCGAUGGACAAACGUUCAAAGACAUGCUGAGUCACGGUGUCGUUGUCACUCUGGACGGCAUGCCAUGGUCGCGUAUCGUCGCACACGUGAGCGACGACGAGGACGAGGACGGAGGGGUUCCAGGAACAAGCGAUGAUGAAGGCGACUGGGAGGAUGAGUGGGAUCACCAUGGCGAUGGCACCGAGGAAGGACUCGCCAACUCGAGCUGCACCGAGCACGGCCAGCUCCCCCGUCGCCGCAGACGCCAACGGCCUUUGGGUGCAGACCAGACUAGGCCCGCUGGAUCUCCUCGAACUAAGCCCACGGAGAAGCCGGAUCGUGGACCCCGAUGGGAUCGCGAACGUGCCGUUGUCGUCGUAUAUGAUCUCGACCCCAGCAAGGAGCACGAGAUUGAGCUGCAGAUUGUCGGCCUCGCCGGCGAGAUCAAGGAGAGCAUCCCCGUUUCCAACACUAUCCUUAUCUCCCCGCUGCCUACCACCGGCUCAUCGCUGCACCCCCGCUCGCGUGCCAACUCGCUACGUUCGAGGUCGCGUCCCAGGUCCCGAUCCAACUCGAUCAACACCGCACCCGUCCACCCCGUUCCCUCUCCACUGGGCACUGAGAUCCCCUCGUCUCCUGGCCGUUCCUCAACUCCGCUCCCUGACGAGCGCGUUGUGCCGACUUCGAUUCUUAGCCCAAUCGACGCGCAGACUGCGCAGACACGCCACCUCAUUGCGGCAGCACAUGCCGAGCGCGAACACCUCCAGCUCCAGAUCAAGGAGGCCCGCAAGACGGCCCAGCGCUCUGAGGCGUCGUUGCGCACCGAAAUUGAGUCGAUGAAGAAGAGCAAUGAGAAGGCCGGCAGCAGCGACCAACGCAACAAGCAGAAAUACCUGGCCCUCCAAGAACAGGUCAAGCAGGGCUGGGCCGGUUCCGAGACUGCCAACACUGAGACUGGAGAGGUCAAGGCUGCGAUGCCUGCUCUUGAGGCCCGUCUUGCUGCCGUCAACACCGAUCUGGAGGCUGUGCACGCCGACUGGAUGGCUGUCAAGGAAACCGAAGAAGACGCGCGCGAGGCCGACAGGAAGAACCGCGCCGACGAGGACCGCAAGUUGGCCGAGGUUAACAGCAAGAUUGACAAGGCGCGUGCACGCAAGGACAAGAAGGAGGCCGAGCGCACCGAGCUGUUGAAACGUCUCGAGGACCUGGAACACCAGCGCGAAGAGAUUGAGCGCAAGGCCGAUGAGGAGAAGACGAUGCGUCGCGCAGGUUACUACCCUGGUUUGCGCUGGGAACAGGCCCAGGCCCAAGCCCAGGCUAGUGGUGUCGGUGGCCCUGGCGGUGCUGCCGUCCCUGGCGAGUUUGGUGCUGGCGGUGGGGCCUUUGCCGAACGUGGUGGCAGCCUGUCUGCUCGCCCCAGCAUGAACAACAUUGGCACUGCUGGCGGGUUUGGCAGCACCGGAACCGGCUUCCGUCCUCGCGGCGGCUUCACCCAUCGCUACCCGUCUGGUGGCCGUCAACAGGCUCCCCCGGCCCAACCCAGUCCCACCCUGAACCAAACGUUCUUCCCACCCAACGCACCAACGUCACCGGUGUGGAAUACGACCAUGUCCAAGCCCAAUGCAACCAACACUCGCGGAAGUGGUGGCGGCAGCGGCACCAAUCCAGCUGCUGCUCCCUUCCUGCCGUCUGGAUUCUCCAACACGGCUGGAGGUGGCCCCGCAUCCAACGCCAGUGGCACGUUUGACCCGGCACUCCACACUGCAUUCAUGCCUCCCCAGCUCCAGCACCGGAUCUAUCUGCCCAACAGCGUCCGCCCACGCCCGACCCCCAACUUCCACCCUCCGCCGAGCGUCCUCGCUGAGCAGCAAGCCCAGGCCGCCUCAUCCUCUGGGUCGAGCUCAAACUCGUCGCUUGUCUCGCCCACGGGAGGAUCAGGCAGCGUCAAGCCCUCGCCACUUUCACCUGCGUUCCCGCCUCUCCCCACCCACUCUCCACCUACGUCACGCGCUUCGACCGCUUCCAACUCUGCCGGCGGCCCAAGUCUCGCGUCAAUUGUCACAAGGGCAGUGUUGGCCCCUACCAGCAACGCCCUGGUCGUCGGCGCUGGCCCGGGCCCGAUCGGGACUGGCGGAGGACGGUCCCCGACAUCUCCACAGAACCACUCGCAACACGGCCACAACAACGGUGGCGGCAAAGAGUUCCCACCGCUCUCUCCCACGGCCGUGCCCUUCCAGUCGCCGGCGCACACCACGCCGACACGCGUGACACCACCGCCGGGCAUGCAUGCCGCCGGGUGGGGUGCAGUCGGUUCCGCAGUGGACGGCGGUGCGUAG